AUGGAUGACGUCAGCAGGAAUUCUGCGCCAAACAUCCAACAAAACCUGUUCAAGCUGCUGUCGAUUUGCUGGGGGAAGUACAUGUUGUCUCAGCUGUCGAUCAAGUUGAUCCCAGAGAUGCUGUAUGGGAUUCAUUGUCUGGAGAACAUGAUGGCCAAGGCAAUACCACUCUUUCCCAAUCACGCUGCUGCCACCGACGUACAGUUCGUGCCCACUGUAAUCUGCGUUGACGGUGUAGAUGGGUCAAGGCCAUUCCACGGAAGGGGCGGAAAGCUCUUGAUACCAGCCCUGCAGAGUCGUCGUAAGACUCUUCAUCUGAUGGGGUGUCCCAGUGCCGUCGCCGCCGUUGACAUCGCCGUCACGAAUCGGUUCCGCAGGUCGAUUGUCCGGAUCCCCAGCACCUGGUUAUAUGUGAACUCCCCUCACUACGACCCCAGCACCUGGUUAUAUGUGAACUCCCCUCACUACGACCCCAGCACAUGGUUAUAUGUGAACUCCCCUCACUACAGCCCCAGCACCUGGUUAUAUGUGAACUCCCCUCACUACAGCCCCAGCACCUGGUUAUAUGUGAACUCCCCUCACUACAGCCCCAGCACCUGCCCCAGCACCUGGUCAUCUGUGAACUCCCCUCACUACAGCCCCAGCACCUGGUCAUCUGUGAACUCCCCUCACUACAGCCCCAGCACCUGGUCAUAUGUGAACUCCCCUCACUACAGCCCCAGCACCUGGUCAUAUGUGAACUCCCCUCACUACAGCCCCAGCACCUGGUCAUCUGUGAACUCCCCUCACUACAGCCCCAGCACCUGGUCAUCUGUGAACUCCCCUCACUACAGCCCCAGCACCUGGUCAUAUGUGAACUCCCCUCACUACAGCCCCAGCACCUGGUCAUCUGUGAACUCCCCUCACUACAGCCCCAGCACCUGGUCAUCUGUGAACUCCCCUCACUACAGCCCCAGCACCUGGUCAUCUGUGAACUCCCCUCACUACAGCCCCAGCACCUGGUCAUCUGUGAACUCCCCUCACUACAGCCCCAGCACCUGGUCAUCUGUGAACUCCCCUCACUACAGCCCCAGCACCUGGUCAUCUGUGAACUCCCCUCACUACAGCCCCGGCACCUGGUCAUAUGUGAACUCCCCUCACUACAGCCCCGGCACCUGGUUAUAUGUGAACUCCCCUCACUACAGCCCCAGCACCUGGUUAUAUGUGAACUCCCCUCACUACAGCCCCAGCACCUGGUUAUCUGUGAACUCCCCUCACUACAGCCCCAGCACAUGGUUAUCUGUGAACUCCCCUCACUACAGCCCCAGCACCUGGUUAUCUGUGAACUCCCCUCACUACAGCCCCAGCACCUGGUUAUAUGUGAACUCCCCUCACUACAGCCCCGGCACCUGGUUAUAUGUGAACUCCCCUCACUACAGCCCCAGCACCUGGUUAUAUGUGAACUCCCCUCACUACAGCCCCAGCACAUGGUUAUCUGUGAACUCCCCUCACUACAGCCCCAGCACCUGGUUAUAUGUGAACUCCCCUCACUACAGCCCCAGCACAUGGUUAUAUGUGAACACUACAGCCCACCUUAUAAGAGUUUCACUACCCAAUGUGAACUCCCCUCACUACAGCCCCAGCACCUGGUUAUAUGUGAACUCCCCUCACUACAGCCCCAGCACAUGGUUAUCUGUGAACUCCCCUCACUACAGCCCCAGCACCUGGUUAUCUGUGAACUCCCCUCACUACAGCCCCAGCACCUGGUUAUAUGUGAACUCCCCUCACUACAGCCCCGGCACCUGGUUAUAUGUGAACUCCCCUCACUACAGCCCCAGCACCUGGUUAUAUGUGAACUCCCCUCACUACAGCCCCAGCACAUGGUUAUCUGUGAACUCCCCUCACUACAGCCCCAGCACCUGGUUAUAUGUGAACUCCCCUCACUACAGCCCCAGCACAUGGUUAUAUGUGAACAGCGGUCCACCUUAUAAGAGUUUCACUACCCAAUGUGAACUCCCCUCACUACAGCCCCAGCACCUGGUUAUAUGUGAACUCCCCUCACUACAGCCCCAGCACCUGUUUAUAUGUGAACUCCCCUCACUACAGCCCCAGCACCUGAUUAUAUGUGAACUCCCCUCACUACAGCCCCAGCACCUGAUUAUUUGUGAACUCCCCUCACUACAGCCCCGGCACCUGGUUAUAUGUGAACUCCCCUCACUACAGCCCCAGCACCUGGUUAUAUCCCCUCACUACAGCCCCAGCACCUGGUUAUAUGUGAACUCCCCUCACUACAGCCCCAGCACCUGGUUAUAUGUGAACAGCAGUCCACCUUAUAAGAGUUUCACUACCCAAUGUGAACUCCCCUCACUACAGCCCCAGCACCUGGUUAUAUGUGAACUCCCCUCACUACAGCCCCAGCACCUGAUUAUUUGUGAACAGCAGUUCACCUUAUAAGAGUGAUGGCCUCUAAUAUAUUCAGC